AAAUGUUUCGUCCUGUUCCUCCGUUUUUUCAGUGCAUUCGUUAUCGUCCUCGAUAUUCUUCUAGCUCCUCGAGCAAUCAUUUCGCAUUCCCUACUCACGCCAAUCCUACCCCUCAUCAAAUUUUUAAUCUUCCGCAAGGUGCUUCGCAAGUGGAAAUCAAAGAACGGUACUUUGAGCUAGUUCGCAUCUAUCACCCAGAUAAGAACAAAUCCUCAGAGUCCUCGGAAGAAGUUGCGCAUGCUCGCUUCCAGGCUAUAAGCAACGCCUACAACAUCUUGAGGGGACCACUACCACCGUCAAAUACGUUGCAGCAAGCGACCACAGCGUCCAGGAGGGCUGCUCAUAUACGACGACAUCGAGAACUUCACGCAUCAGGCGCGGUCGACGACCGGUGGAAAGACCGCCUUAUUCUUUUUGGUACUGUUGCCGCUGUGGUAGUGUUCGCAGUACAAGCUAUGAUCACCAGGCGAGAAGCAUUGACACAAGCUAUGGACCGGACGCACUUCAAUCGUGUCCAAGCUUCCGAGAGGAAAGCUACAGAAGACCCACGAUUAUCGGCGGUCAAUAACGAAAAUCUGAAACCCAAUUGACGAUGAUUAGCGUCCAACUCAUCUAACUCCAGUACUCUGCAGCCUAGUGCGAGUCAAGACUAGAUUAUAGAGGGAGACAAAUCGUUCCAGUCAUGUUUUCUACUUCACUAUAGAAUACAUAACCGUUCCAAAACUAUGGGCCGAUCUCGUCAUAUUGAGCUUU